UCGGACGGACGAUUUUGUGUAUCCUUUGUGUUCUUUCAAUAUAUCAGCUGUAACUUAUUUUAUCCGAUAUCGACUUUAUUUUGAUGAUAGAUACUAAUAGCAUCGGAAUGUCCAGCUGCAUGCUAGCUAUGGAUAUGUGCUUCCAUUCUUGAUCACCUUUCUUCUUUCAUAGUAGACGGGAAUUGUGGCUCAAUAGAGACUUUGUGAGAGGAGAGUCUUUGAGCCUGAUUCCCGUCCAGACUUUUUUGAAUUGAUUUGAUUAGGUUAGGUGAAAAAAAAUCAGAAUACUAGAUUUUGGAGGAUUAUUUAAUAGAAAGAAGAAAUAAAAAAUGUCGGGUUUAUGUGAUUAUUGUGGUGUACUGAGAGCCAUGGUGUAUUGUGAAUCGGACUCGGCCAAGUUAUGCUUGCGUUGCGAUACAAGUGUACAUUCUGCAAAUCUUCUGUCGUGUAGGCAUCAACGAUCAUUAGUAUGCAACAGAUGCAACUGUCAGCCUGCCACGGUGAGAUGUAUGGAUGAUAAGAUCUCAUUUUGUCAAGGUUGUGACUGGAGUGGUUGUUCAGGGUCUGGUCAUAGGCUUCAGAAAUUAAAUUCUUAUACGGGUUCUUCCAUUUAUCAAUUGUCAAACAGUUGCACUUCAUUGCUUGAACUGCCUUAUCCGAGUGCAUGUGAUUCGUCAUUUACCCCAAUGGCGGGUUCACUAAUGGUUAAUGAGAGCUCGAUCAACAGCUGCUUGGUACAUAGCCCGAAUGAGUGCUCAUCUGUGUUGGUAGAUGAUAAUACGAAUAGGAUCAAUGAAUUGUCGUCUUCUAUCAAGUUUGAAGAUAUUGUUGAUCCAUCUACAGGGGUUCCUCUGACCUCCAGUUAUGUACCAGAGUGUAAUAACGAUCAACCAUCCUUCUUACCUGCUGAGGAAGGAUCAAAUUUGCCAAAGGAUAUGAUUCUUGGUGAAGGCGAUGAUCCUUGUAGAGGCGUUGAUCUUGAUGUUGCUCUGAAUUUUGAAUGUGGUUAUGAAAUGCCUGGCUGCUCCCAAGAUCAACCAAAAUAUCAGAGGGAGAACGAGGGAUUGGACUGCUUUGGAUUGGAAAAGCUUUUACAAGUUGCAGAGUCAAACAACCAGAUAGGAAGCACUUCAGAGACAGCAUCAUCAAUCCAACCAGAGGGCAUUACUUUUCAAUCCCCACAAGUGAACGGGUCAGCUAGUUUAAUGCAAGCUAUGAGCGGCAGUGCCAGUAGUAUGCUCAUGAAUCCUAGCUGCAUCAGAAAUAUUAGCUUUCCAUUUCCCACUGGACCACUCUCACUACCAAGUAUCACAGAAGAAAGCAAGGUUACUGAUUACCAGGACUGUGGUCUAUCGCCAGCUUUUCUGGCUGGUGAAUCAUCAUGGGAGUCGACUCUAGAGACCAGUUCCCCACAGGCAAGGGACAAAGCUAAGAUGAGAUACAAUGAAAAGAAGAAAACCCGAAUGUUUGGCAAACAAAUAAGGUAUGCUUCUCGUAAAGCUAGAGCUGACACCAGAAAGCGUGUAAAAGGAAGAUUUGUGAAGGCUGGUGAAGCAUAUGACUAUGAUCCUCUUGGGAAAAGAAUCUUAUAAUUCAGUUGAGCGAUUUUGUUCUACUUCCUUGCAGCAUUAAGUCUAAGAAGAUACUUAUUAUUUCUGCAGAGGCCUUCAUAAAUUUUGUUUUGGACGCUGGAUCAACACUUGCAUCAUUCCUGAACUUGUUACCAUCUGUUCAUAAAAUAUUGCGAGGAAUUACUGAUGAACUUCAUGGCGGACGCUUACUUUUCACAUGGCUUUUCAGCAAAGAGUAUAUAAACUUUUUUUCCGGGAAUUUUGCACUAUUUCCUCAAUCCAUCAUUGAGGAGAUUUGCCUUGUUUAACUUUUAAGAGGUGCAACUAUACCAAGUACAAGUAAUAAAUUUCGACAGCAUUAGUUCUGAGACACUGGAACAGAACUCCCGUCUUUGACAGCAUGAAUAAGGAUACAGUGCAGAUAUUAAGUGGAAAAGAAACAGAGAAAGCAAAUUUUUAAGAGAAGUUCUCCAUGUGAAUAUAAACAACACUUGCUGAGUAUAUUUUUUCGUUCUCUCCAUUGGCGUCGUUCAGGUACAAGCUUGCUGUAAGUUCAAGAUUUUUUGUGCAAUUGCAGUCAAGUUGAGGGAAGAUGCCUCUACAAUUUUGUCUUACAAAUAAUCACUUCUGUUAGUGGUAAUACCUUUGCGGGAUCUUUUUAUGCUUUUUUCGGCUGCUAGAAAUCUGGAUAAUAAUUCACCAGAGCAGCCAGAGCCUUACAGUUUUGGAAAUAUGAGAUUAAAAUUUAUUUA